AUGCACUUGUCACACAGAAACCAGGAGGCUCUUGCUGUGGAUGGGUCUUGUCUUCAAGCUGCUUGGUUCACUUGCCUCUUCCUAAAGCUGCCUUCUGCUCAUCUGAACUCAUGGAGUCUACUUUUCGGCCUGCAUUCUUGUUGAUGCUUGUGACUGCAGCAGCAGCCCAGGAUGAUCAUUGCAAAUGUCCAACAAAUAAAUGGGCGCUUUGUGACUCAAACUCUGGUAGCUGCAUUUGCACAAUGUUUGGUUCAAACCAGAGGCUGGACUGUUCGACGUUGACUUCAAAGUGUCUUCUAAUGAAGGCAGAAAUUAACCGCAGUGGAUCGAGGAAUUUUCCAAAGCCUGAACACGGCUUUCUGGACAAUGACGGGCUUUACAAUCCAGACUGUGAGGCUAGUGGCAUUUUCAAGGCGAGGCAGUGCAAUGAGACAGACACUUGUUGGUGUGUCAACAGCGCUGGGGUAAGAAGAACUGACAAGGGUGAUAUAAACCUAAGGUGCAGUGAGCUUGUCCGAACAAACUGGAUCUUCAUUCGCUUAAAGCACCAAGAGCGACAGAAUGCCUUUUCGGAAUCUGAUGUGGCAAACAGUCUCCGACAACUCAUUCAGAACCGGUACAUGCUCCAUCAAAAGUUCAUCCCAACCAUCGAGUAUGACUCCCCAUUCAUCCGUAUUGACUUGAAACAGAACGUUUCACAGAAGUCUUACAGAGAUGUCGAUAUUGCAGAUGUAGCCUAUUACUUUGAAAAAGACAUCAAGGGCGCCCCCAUUUUUCAUCUUAAUGAUGCAUUUAAUAUCUCUGUCAACGAAGAACCUCUUGAUAUCGAAGAGAUCCUAAUCUACUACGUUGAUGAAAAAAACCCAGAGUUCUCUAUGAAACGCCUGACAGCUGGUGUUAUUGCAGUGGUGGUGGUGGUGAUCUUGGCCAUUAUUACUGGGAUUACCGUGUUGGUGAUCACUAGGAGACGGAAGACUGGAAAGUAUGAGAAGGUUGAGAUUAAGGAGAUGGGAGUAAUGCGAAGUGGACAAAAUGCAUAGGGGUCUUAAUUUGAAGGCAGAACUAAGAUUUUGAUGCGGAGGAAAUGGAAAGUAGAUGGUAUGAUUACUCCAUGUCUUUUGAAGGUGGGGGGGUAAAGGAUUUUCCUUUUUAAAAAGGAAGAAAGAUCAAAUCAACAGUUUUAUAAAAAAUCCUGCAAUUGCAGAUUGGAAGAGUGAGUUGGAUAUUCUCAACAUUUUUCUUUAAUAUUGUGUACUGUAUAUGUCUUAGAGAGAAUACCCCACACCUGAUUCCCCCACUCCCAG